UUUACUUUCAAUGCAAAAAGUCCAGCCCUGAUGUCGAAAAGACCCUCAAAAAAUUUCUGGCACGGCAGGAAAUUAAGAUAGACCAACUGAUAAUGCGGCAAGGGAUUCAAUUCGACCAUACAACGGCGUGAAAACCGCUUUGAAGCCUACUGAAGUUUAUGUCUUCUGGCCUAAGUGUGCGUGUACGUACAUUUUCAGCGUACCUUGCAGAUACAUGCUGCAAACGUAUCAGCCAUUCAAAUCAGAUUCUCCUUUGAGCGAAGAAGGUGAUGACAGACUCUGCCAACGUGGACUAAUCAAAUUUGACUUCCUUCAUCGCCGUAAAUACGACAUCCGGUAUCUGACUCGACGGGCAUUAAGGCUGAAGAAGACUGCGGGAAGACAUUCUUGCGUUACAGGAUCAAGUUGGUAUCUUCUAUUUUGCAUUUGUUGUCUUGCACAACUUUUGAAGCACGUCUCGAUAAGCGGACGAGUAUUCAGUUGAUAGUACACAACAUUUUCAUGGCCGAAACUAUUGACUAAACUACUCAGAAGACGGAUUAUCCACUAAAGAUUAAAAGAAGGAAGGUCGGGGAGAAGUAUCGAUUCAAAGUAUUAAACUUAUCCAGAGAUUAUUUUGUAUUCAGUCUUGCCUAAAUGUUGAUUUCCAAACUGUUUUUAAUUUCAGCAAUUUUCGCUUUCGACCGAUAGACUUCCAGUUUCACCUACGACCUGGGAUGAAUUAUACGGCCAUUGUUUUACUAGCGUCGAUGCUAGUGAAUUUUGUCUGUGUGGGUAAAAAUAAGGAUGGGAGAAAAGAGGAAAGUAUUUAUGCAACUAAUCGGGUGAAAAGAAAUAUUCUUGGACCUUAUUCUUCGAAGCUGCAGUGGUAUUUGAGAGAUACCCCACCUUCCAUGUAUGUGAAGUCCACAUGGCUUUCUGGCUAUACAGGAAAAGGUGUUCUUGUGGCUGUUGUGGACGAUGGGGUCAACAUGAAACAUACUUCCCUGCAAUCUAACUUCGACCAAACAUCAAGUUAUGACUUCUUAGAGAACAGAAACAUCAGUGAAUCCCACAGCCCCGGCAGUCAUGGAACAAGCUGCGCUGGGAUCAUCGCUGGAAGGUUCCAUAGUAAGUGUGGCCCAGGAGUCGCAUACAAUGCACAAAUUGCAGGUAUUCGAAUAUAUGACGCCAAAACCAAAUCAACCGACGAAUCAGAGGCAAAAGCGUUGAGCUUUAAAAGGGAAUCGAUCGACAUCUACUCUAACAGCUGGGGGCCUGGGGACAUGGGUUGGCAAGUGAAGGGACCCGGUCCUCUAUUAGCAGAUAUCCUUGAAAAGGGAACACGAUUGGGCCGGGGAAGCAAAGGAUCAAUAUUUGUUUUUGCCGCGGGAAAUGGCGGACUCCCAGGAGACAGUUGUGCGUUUAGCGGUUAUGUAAACAGUAUUUAUACCAUCGCCAUCUCUGGGGUGAACUGGGACGGCAUGGUACCAAGCUACACCGAGAAGUGCGCGGCCAUCAUGGCAGUGACAUAUGGACAGGACAUGUUUACAAGUGGAAAAGUGAAGCCUCCCAUGAUGAAUCCUAAAGGAAAUAAAGAUUGCGCGGAGAACUUUCCGGGCACCUCUGCCAGUGCUGCGCUAGCCUCCGGGAUCAUUGCGUUGACCCUUGAAGCAAAUCCACAGUUAACUUGGCGAGAUGUUCAGCACCUGAUAGCCAGAAGCUCCAAGCCCAUUAUUCCUCCGAGAAGAUCACUCUCGCCCUCUCUGCUCAGACGACCCAAACCUUCUUGGAAGACAAACAAGGCUGAUCUUCAAGUGAGCGAGUACUAUGGAUUUGGGCUGAUGGAUGCUCUUGACAUGGUUCGGUACGCGAGGAAUUGGACUUCUGUGCCAAGGCAACUCUACUGUGAAAUCAAUCUAGAAAUAUCAAACUUCGAAUGGCCACAAAUUCCUUGGAAAGGAAAAUUUUUUAAGCGUCUGUCUGUGAAGGCAGACAACUGUGGGAUCCGAUACCUGGAACAUGUUCAGGUACAAAUGAAUCUUACGUUUCCACGCCGAGGGUACCUGGAAAUGGAAUCCGUUUCUCCAAGUGGAACCCUGUCCCGCCUCCUUUAUCCACGGCCAAUUGACAGCUUAACCCGUUCCAAAAAUUUUUCAAACUGGACAGUGACCAGCUUACACUACUGGGGAGAGAAUCCUAUUGGGGACUGGAACAUAAUGAUCAAGAACAGCAAGCCAGACAGAAACACUAGGAAUGUACAUGCCAUUCCAAUACAUGGAAAUUACACAACAUGGUCUUCUUGGACUCCCUGCCUUGUCUCGUGUGGUGGAGGGAGUCAGACCCGCUCACGUUCAUGCACCAAUCCUCCACCUGAAAACGGAGGAAGAGACUGCAGUGGCCUUGGCACCAGAUCACAAACACGAUACUGUAACAUACACCCGUGCCCAGAUAAUGAAGGGUCUAGGCAGUGGGGACCCUGGUCCGAGUGCAACGUCACAUGUGGUGGAGGAUAUAGAGAACGCAAGUGUAUCAUGCCUGAUAGCCCCGGAAAUUCCUCCAAAGAAAAUGAAUGCCUUGAAAAAACAGAGCAAUGUAACAACCACGCAUGUCCACCUGUUGAUGGAAAUUAUACAAACUGGUCCAACUGGUCUAAGUGUAAUGCAAAGUGUGGCAGUGGAACUCAGCAGCGAAAUCGUUCAUGUUCUAACCCACCAACUGCAAACGGAGGGAAACCAUGUGCAAGGCCUACUGAAGAAACACGGAUGUGUAGUACUGAAAUGUGCACAACUCCAGUUCAUGGAAAUUAUACAAACUGGUCCGACUGGUCUAAUUGUAAUGCAAAGUGUGGCAAUGGAACUCAGCAGCGUAAUCGUACAUGUUCUAACCCACCACCUGCAAAGAGAGGGACGCCAUGUGCAGGGCCUUCUAAAGAAACGCGAAUGUGUGGUACUGAAAUGUGCACAACUCCAGCCAUUCCUAUACACGGUAAUUACACAAUAUGGUCCUCUUGGACUCGCUGCCUUGUCUCGUGUGGAGGAGGGAUUCAGACCCGCUCACGUGCAUGCACCAAUCCUUCACCUGAAAACGGAGGAAGAAACUGCAGUGGCCUUGGUACCAGAUCACAAACACGAUAUUGUAAGAGACGCCCUUGCCCAGUUCAUGGUGGUUACUCACCAUGGGGCGAAUGGAGUGUUUGUACCAAGUCAUGUAACACAGGACAUCAGUGGCGUGAUCGCAAGUGUACCAAUCCCAAGCCGGCACACGGUGGGAGAAACUGCGAUCGACUGGGACAAUGGGGAGGAUCUAAUCAAGGCCAAAGAUGUAACACGGAUAAAUGUCCAGGUCAUGUAUUUUCUUUGAAGCUAAUUCUGUAUGGAACUAAGGACGAUCCCCUCAAAAACAACCCUCGUGUCUCUAAAAGGAAGAAAAUAUUGCAGGAGGUCAAAAUAGACAGACGAAAGAGUGACUUUCCAGUUCAUGGAGGAUACUCACCGUGGAGUAAAUGGCAGAAUUGUAAUAAAACAUGUGGAGGAGGAAUCCAAUGGCGCUCUCGUUCCUGUAGCAAUCCUCCACCUGCCAAUGGAGGGAGAAAUUGCCACUUACUAGGAAAAGAUUCACAAUCACGAAGAUGUAACACAAAACCUUGCCCAGUUCAUGGCGGUUACUCGCGUUGGUACGCCUUGGGUAGGUGCAGUCGGACAUGUGGUCAAGGAAGACAGCUAUUCCUUCGAUACUGCAACAAUCCUCGACCAGCACACGGAGGACGAGGCUGUAGGAGACUGGGACCGCGUUAUGAGUACCAAACUUGUAACACACAAAAGUGUCCAGUUGAUGGCGGUUACUCUCCUUGGCAGCGCUUGCAUGAAUGCUCUCGCUUAUGUGGUGGAGGAACUGAACAUUUUAUUCGUUAUUGCGACAAUCCCCGGCCAGCACACGGAGGGAAGAAUUGCUCGAGACUUGGACCAGCUGAGAAAAGCCAAAGUUGUAACACACAGAAAUGUCCAGUUCAUGGCGGUUUCUCAAAAUGGCGCCCCUGGGGUGAGUGCACCAAGUCAUGCGGUGGAGGUCCACAAUUAGGCCAUCGAUCUUGCAACAAUCCUCGGCCAGCCAACGGAGGACGAAGCUGCCUGAAGCUGGGACGAACGAAAAUAAUCCAAAGCUGUAACACACAGAAGUGUCCAGUUAAUGGAGGUUACAAUUCAUGGAGCAGCUGGAGUGUUUGUAGCAGGUCAUGUGACGGAGGAACGCAGAUUCGUUCUCGUAAUUGCACCAAUCCUCCGCCAGCAAACGGUGGUAAAAACUGCACAAUCAUAGGACCAGAUUCAGAAUCGCAAAGAUGUGCGACAAACAAAUGCCCAGUGGAUGGGGGAUACUCCCACUGGUCUCCCUGGUCUUCGUGUAGUGAUACCUGUACCGGAAGUCAGAAUCGUACACGUUCAUGCACCAACCCGCCGCCUACAAAUGGAGGGGCACUGUGCGAGGGAGUCGCUCUAGAAAAACGAGAAUGCACGAAUAAAAACUGUGAAGACCUUGUCGUAAUAACAGAGCGUACUUCUUGUCACGAUAUUACUGGUGAGGAAGAAUGCAGACAACGAAAAAAUGGGCGUGGCUGUGGGAAAUGUAUUUGGGAUGAAGUCAUCAUUCCAACUGAUGGAGGUUAUUCCAACUGGAGUCAUUGGACUUCAUGCAGUCAGACGUGCGGAGGAGGAACACAGACUCGCUCUCGGCUAUGUACCAAUCCCCCACCUGCAAAUGGAAGAGAAGGCUGCGAGAGACUAGGGGAAAAAAAAGAAACACGCACUUGUGGAACACAGAAGUGUACCGAUUAGCGACAAAACUCGAUUGAAAAGGAAGACAGCGUUUGGAGGAUGGUACAACUUAGUUCAUUUGUCGCACAUGACUGGUUUCUAAUCGAUCUUAACAGCAAUAAUUUUUUGUCCAAGAGGCCAGCUAUUAGUCACCGUCUAGGAAGGAGGGGGAGGGAGGAUUUUCGGGAGGAUUACAUGAUUUUCAGGGAGGGGGAAUCAGUCGUC